AUGCCAGAGGAUUAUUCAAUUCCGCCCCAGGCUCGCUGUUUGAAGCAAGCAGCGAAGUCGCUGCUGACGGCUCCGCUGUCGUCUUCAGGACAGUGGCAAAGUGAUCACGGUGAUGCGGAGUCCGUGCUGAAGCUAUGCUCCCGGGGCGAGGCACAAAGCUUGCUGAUCGUCCCACAAGCAUCGUUGGUUUGUAAGCUGGAGCUGGGAGAUAGGAAUCUCAAGUAUCAUCAGCAGUGCCCACGGGACACCGCGGCCACAUUGCCAAGAACUGAGCCGAGCGCCAGAGUGCCCGAGUCUCGCGUGGGAGGAACUUGGAAUAGUGUCCUUCGUCCGUCCCUGCUUUGCCCGCAGCCAGAUCAUCCAAUCAGCUUUUGCGGCAAACUAUUUUGUUGCCAGAAUAGGUUGCAUCGAAAACACAAAGAUUUGGCAGCCCAGACGGGAAACGAGUCAAUGUGCUUCUAA